CAAUAUGGUAAAAGACAGCGACAAGGCGCAUCAAAGUAGAUUGCAGCAAAAACGAGUCAUACCAACAUCAUCUUAUCAAAAUGGCUAAAAAGAAACGGAGAGGGCCUUGUAGAAAACAGAGAUUCUGUCAUUUGGUAAAUAUUUUCAUCUGAAGUGAAGGCGAAAGAAACUGCUGAGUCUAAUAAAAUUCUGUAAAUAAAGGCCUAUUUCUGGUACUGAUGACCAGAAAAGAUAGCCCUGCCAGAAAAAGCACUCAACACAGCUAAAAGAACCCUUACAACACAUGCAAAUGCAAUCAUGAACCCCUCAACAGAACCUGCAGCUUAUCAGAGCUGGCCAGCAAAAAAAUAUGAAAAAAAACCUAAUCCACUAGCACAUCAAGCUCAGAUUUAUAAUUGAUCAAUUAAAUGAUUUGAGUGCAGCUUGAUUGGAUCUAGCUCCAGGAGGUGGAGCACAUUUCAGUUUGGACCUAUUUCAAUCAAACCUAUUCAAAGAACAUUCAUCAUCAGACUUCAAAUGGCCAUUUUGAAAAAGGUAACACUUAUAAAAAGGUUGGCUACAGAGACAUAUAAAAUCCUCACCAUCUUACUUCUCAGCUCACUAUUAUUUCAUGGAAGAAAGUGAGAAGAGAGAGUUACAGCUGCUAUUCAAUGUAGCCAUCUCCAACGAUGAUCCGGCAAAUGCUUGCAAGCCAUUCCUCAUGACAAAGGAUCAGACUGAGCAACCACAGCUGGAUCUGAAUUUGUCAAUGAGCAUCAUAACUCCACAGAUGAGUGCUAGCAACGAGGCUGACAGCAACUUGCAGAAUGUGCAAGUUCUGAAGCAACAUGCUGCAGAACAAGUUCGGCUAGCUGCAUUGGAGAGGGUCUAUGCUGAGAGGAUGAGAGAGCUAGCAAGGAGAGAACUAGAACAGGCAGAAAAGGAAUUUGCACGGGCAAAGAUGAUCUGGGAGAGGGCUCGGGAGGAGGUAGAAAAGGUAGAGAGCAUGAAGAUGAUAGCUACCAGAAGAAUUAGCUCCGCCUGCGUAGAAAUCACCUGCCAGAAUUGCCGGAACCAUUUCCAGUCAUAGAUUGGUCAAUGUUCUUACACGGUACACUUGGAUAAGAUCCAGCAGAUUCAACUCAGGACAACAUUGGUUCAGUGAUCAGUCUACUCCCAAUAGAAACUAGCAAUGUCUAACAAAGUCAAG